AGCAUGGUUCCCUUCUGUCUCAGCUUCGUCUCAGUCUACGGCAGCUUCCUCCGCCGCUGCCUCGCCUCCGCCGGUCUCUCUUCUCAAAGCAUAGACAUAGACAUAGACACCGCCACCACCAUCACCUUUUGGGGACCCUCCGCCUCCACCAAACCUCCGCUCAUCCUCCUCCACGGCUUCGGCCCUCACGGCAUCUGGCAAUGGCGGCCGCAGAUCUGUUUCUUUUCCCGCCAAUUCAGCGUCUACGUUCCCGAUUUACUCUUCUUCGGCGGCUCCACCACCGAAUCCGCCGACAGGUCCGAGAUUUUUCAGGCGACUUCCAUUGCUAAACUCAUGGAGAAGCUAGGGAUUAGCAGGUAUUCCGUAGUCGGCACGAGCUACGGUGGACUGGUUGCGUACCGCAUGGCGUCGAUGUGGCCGGAGAGGGUGGAGAAGGUGGUGAUCGCGAGCUCCGCGGCGAAUAUGCGGCGGAGGGAUCAUGUGGAGCUGAUGAAGAGAGCGAAAGUGGAGAAGGUUGACGAUUUGUUGCUGCCUAGCUCCGCCUCACAGCUGCGGAAGUUACUUGGUUUGUCCGUUUUCCGGCGACUGUUUAUGCCGGAUUUCAUCCUCAACGAUUUCAUCGACAAAUUGUAUAGCGAAAAUAGGGAGGAGAAGCUGGAACUCUUGAAAGGAUUAACUCUUGGACAGGAUGAUACUGGAACAAUUUGCCCCCUCUCUCAGAAAGUUUUGAUUGUGUGGGGAGAGCAUGACAAGAUAUUUUUACUUGAGAAAGCGGUUGAGCUCGAGAAGUACGUCACAUUGGUAGGUGAAAAUGCGAGAUUAGAAGUUAUACACAACACAUCGCACGUUCCCCAACUUGAAGACUCGGGGCAGUUCAACAACAUUGUCAAUAAUUUCUUACGUGACAUUUCAUGAUUUUCUCAUUUCACAAUAUCUAAUAGUAGUACUAUAUAUUGGAUAUGACCUAACUCUUUAGUCGUUAAAAAUAAACGUGAACUCAACGCAUUGGGUUUACAUUUUUAAUUCAAUUUGCGUGUUGUAUAUGAUGAUCAUAAUCUUGAAAUUAUUUGAGCUGCAGUGAAAAAUAUUAAUCAGGA